UGUCUAAUUAUACUGAAAAAAUGGAACCAUCAUAGUGUUUCAUACGACCUCAACUUUUCUCUUUCACUUGAGAUGCCAUGCCCAGUAAAACCCUAAACCUCCAUGAUAGUACCAGAGCAAAGCUUCCAUUUGGAGUUCCAGGACGCUACGUUUCGUCAGUGGUACACAUCAUGAAUGGAGGGUAGAAUCGUCAUUUUGCAAAGAUUAGGGAUGGCUUGGUCAUUGGCCCUAUAAAUUAGGGUUUAAGGCUCUGGUUCGGUUAAACCAUGAUUGCACUGAGGACCUGGAGCAAGCUAUUAGUGAAACCAGCGUCCUUUGCUCCCAUGGCUGCUUCUCUUAACAAACUGCCAUAUUCUGUGGCUUCUGGUUUUUCUAAGAAACGGGUAGGCACCCAUAAUGGAAGUUUUCACUGUGAUGAAGCCCUUGGCUGCUUCAUGAUUCGCCUCACAGAUAAAUUUGCAGAUGCUGAAGUUGUUAGGUCCAGAGAUCAUCAGGUGUUGGAUGCACUGGAUGUUGUUCUUGAUGUUGGGGGUGUGUAUGAUCCCAGCCGAGAUCGUUACGAUCAUCAUCAGAAAGGUUUCAAUGAAGUUCUUGGCCAUGGGUUUACCACCAAACUCAGUAGCGCUGGGCUCGUCUACAAGCAUUAUGGAAUGGAGAUUAUUGCAAAGGAGCUUCAGCUGGAGGAGGGACACCCUGAUGUACAACGGCUGUUUUUGGCUAUAUAUAAAAGCUUUAUGGAGGCAAUUGAUGCCAUCGACAAUGGAAUUAAUCAAUAUGACACAGAUCAGCCACCAAAAUAUGUAAACAACACACACUUGUCUUCACGAGUUGGCCGUUUAAAUCUGGAUUGGACAGAUCCGGAUCAAUCGUCUCAGAAGGAAAAUGAAGCCUUUCAACAUGCAAUGGAACUUGCCGGUGGUGAAUUAAUGGAGAAUGUUCGGUUCCAUGCUAGGUCUUGGCUGCCUGCACGAUCUAUUGUUAUGGAUUGCUUAGCAGCAAGGCAUGAGAUUGAUUCCAGUGGAGAAAUUAUGGUCUUGAAGAAAUUCUGCCCUUGGAAGCUUCAUUUAUUUGAACUCGAGGAGGAAAUGAAGAUUGAGCCUCCCAUCAAAUAUGUUCUAUAUGAGGACGAGAGAAGCAAGAAAUGGAGAGUCCAGGCAGUUGCAAUAGCUCCUGAUAGAUUUGAGAGCCGGAGGCCUCUUCCUUCCUCUUGGAGAGGUCUUAGAGAUUCUGAACUCUCCAAUGAAUCUGGUAUUUCUGGCUGUGUCUUUGUGCACAUGAGUGGUUUCAUUGGGGGCAAUGACACUUACGAAGGUGCUCUUGCCAUGGCAAAAGCUGCCUUGAGAUUAUGACCCUUAAAAAAGUGACUUGGGUUUAAUGGAUUCAGCAAAUUAACUGAGGCUCUUCAAUUUUGAUGGCAUUUAUUGUAUGAUUACAGCUCCAAUGUGAUGACCUUGGUUUUUCAUCACAAACGGGACAAAUUGUUGUUAUUCUAAAGGCCAUCUCCUUCGAGGCUUUAUCAGGAUGUCGUUGGAUUGCUUCUAGGAAAGUAAUGGGGGUUCUAUUUCCUUUCCUUUUAUAUUUUUUCUGCACUGAUUAGUUAUCUUACCCUUAGUUGCGACAGUUCUGUUUAUGUAAGUACUUCAGCAUUUUCAUUAUUAUUUGGUUAUAAAAGAUAAAAUUGCUUUUUAACUUUUGAUGGUCUGACAGUGCUUUUUGCUCAACUUCAAGUCAAAUUUUGGGCAAAAAUGACUUUCACGUGCCUUUUUUGUAUGACUAUACUACAAUAAACAAAGUUUCUUGGCCAAUAUAA